UGGGCCGGCGCUCUCGGCCGGUCGGUUCCCCUGCGCUUUCCCUGUGACCCCGCAGUGGGUGUGUAAGGGAGGACGAACAGACGGACCAGACGCCGACCGGGGCCAGAAGAAGCUAGCGAGCAUCAUGCGUGAGAUCGUGCACAUCCAGGCGGGCCAAUGCGGCAACCAGAUCGGCGCCAAGUUUUGGGAGGUCAUCAGCGAUGAGCAUGGGAUCGACCCCACUGGCAGUUACCAUGGAGACAGCGAUUUGCAGCUGGAGAGAAUCAACGUGUACUACAAUGAAGCCACUGGUAACAAGUACGUACCUCGGGCCAUCCUGGUGGACCUGGAGCCGGGCACGAUGGACUCCGUCAGGUCUGGACCAUUCGGCCAGAUCUUCAGGCCCGACAACUUCGUGUUUGGCCAGAGCGGGGCCGGGAACAACUGGGCAAAGGGCCACUACACGGAGGGCGCCGAACUGGUAGACUCAGUCCUGGACGUGGUGAGGAAGGAGUCAGAAAGCUGUGACUGUCUGCAGGGCUUCCAGCUGACCCACUCGCUGGGGGGUGGCACCGGGUCAGGGAUGGGCACGCUGCUCAUCAGCAAGAUCCGGGAGGAGUACCCAGACCGCAUCAUGAACACCUUCAGCGUGAUGCCCUCGCCCAAGGUGUCGGACACGGUGGUGGAGCCCUACAACGCCACGCUGUCCGUGCACCAGCUGGUGGAGAACACAGAUGAGACCUACUGCAUCGACAACGAGGCCCUGUACGACAUCUGCUUCCGCACCCUGAAACUGACCACGCCCACGUACGGGGACCUCAACCACCUGGUGUCCGCCACCAGCCCCAGGUCCAGGAAGGAGGUGGAUGAGCAGAUGCUGGCCAUUCAGAGCAAGAACAGCAGCUACUUCGUGGAGUGGAUCCCCAACAACGUGAAGGUGGCCGUGUGCGACAUCCCACCCCGGGGGCUGAAGAUGUCCUCCACCUUCAUCGGCAACAGCACGGCCAUCCAGGAGCUGUUCAAGCGCAUCUCGGAGCAGUUCACGGCCAUGUUCCGGCGCAAGGCCUUCCUGCACUGGUACACGGGCGAGGGCAUGGACGAGAUGGAGUUCACCGAGGCUGAGAGCAACAUGAACGACCUGGUGUCCGAGUACCAGCAGUACCAGGACGCCACGGCUGAUGAGCAGGGCGAGUUCGAGGAGGAGGAGGGGGAGGACGAGGCUUAAGAACUUGUCAGAGACACCGUGCCACGUCAGUGAAUUUCUGUUGUCCUCAAUGAAGCAUGGUCUUUCUAUUUGUAUCUAUGGUGCUCAGUUUUGCCUCUGUCAGAAAUUCGCACUGUUGAUAUACUAAUGUGGCACUCCUCUAAAAAUUAAGGUAUAUACUAUACUAAUUAAAACGCAUGUGUCCAAAA